AUGGACCAGAAGACCCGGGAACCACCGGACCCGGGGACCACUGGACCCUGGGACCAAUGGACCCAGAGACCCGGGAACCACCGGACCCGGGGACCACCAGUACCGGGAACCACCGGACCCAGAGACCACAGGACCCGGGAACCAUCAAACCCGGGAACCACCGGACCUGGAGACCCGGGAACCACCGGACCUAGAGACCACUGGACCAGAAGACCCGGGAACCACCGGACCCGGGAACCACUGGACCCUGGGACCAAUGGACCCAGAGACCCGGAGACCCAGAGACCCGGAGACCCAGAGACCCAGGAACCACUGGACCCGGAGACCACCAGACCUGGGACCACCGGACCCGGGAACCACUGGACCCAGAGACCACCGGACCUGGGGACUACCGGACCAGGUUCCUUCCACUAG